UACUGUUAAUUCACAAGAUUAUAUAAUACAAUACUUUUUAUAUGAACGAAGAACGGUACACAUAAUUUAAUAUAGUGCAAAAAUCAAAAUACAAAUAUCCGUUACUUGUGGGUAUCCACUUGGAAUAAGCAAACAUAAAAGAUUUUAGAUCAGUCAGCAAACUCUUACUAAAAUCCAAAGUAGUUCAUAUCAUCUGUAUUCACAAAAUCCCUACGGUCCGAUCAAUCAAAUAUAUUAAAUAACAACCCUUUGAUCGUUUAAAAUAAUCCACUCGCUUUGGUUUAAAUUUAUUUAUCACAAAUUGACCUCCAUUAUUGUCAUUACACAAUUUCUUCAUCUUUUUCCGUAACCCACCACCUAAUACUAAUCAUCUAGGGUUCCUCUAACCACCAAAAAAAAGGAAGAAGAAAAUUUUUUUUCUAGGGUUUGGCGUCAACUUCCAAGUUGUCCCUAGAGAAUGGAGAAACCUGGUGGCGUCUGGAUUCCAAAGAAAAGCAACAAAGAAUCAUCAUGGGAAGAGCUGGCCUUCGCGGAAGACGAUGCCGCCGGAUCUUUGUGGCCGCCGAGAUCUUACUCGUGUAGCUUUUGCCGGAGAGAGUUUAAAUCGGCUCAAGCCCUCGGUGGCCACAUGAACGUUCACCGAAGAGACAGAGCACGGCUAAAGCAAUCUGAAGAUCAAUACUUAUUCUCCAAAUCCUCUUCCCCUCCGGAGUAUCCAUCUCAUAAUUAUAGCGAUGAUGUUCGUGAAACCUCUAGCUAUACUUUGGUUUUUAACUCCAAUCCUAAUCGUUUUGAGUCUCAACGCUCCUGUGUUAUUGAUCUUUCAUCUUCUCCUUCUUCUUUACCAUACUUGACUCCUAGGGUUUCUUCCUCUUCGCCAUCUUUUGUUGUAGAACCUUCCAAUAAUUCUAAAAAGAUUAUAUCUUCUUCCCCAUGGUCGUGCCCGGGUAAAAAGGGUUGUGAUCUUUAUGAAGUUCCUUUCAUGGAAGGAAGCAAGAAGAGAAAGAUCGACAGAGAUGUACCAAAGAACGGGGAUAAAGCAAAAGUUAAUCUUGAAAACACCACUGAUCUGUCAGUGAGAAUGAAUCUGGUGAUCCACAAGGAUUGUCCGAUUACUGCUCAAGGGGGGGAUGAAGAGACUGGGAAGGGUGAUAUGAUCCAUAAGAGAAGACGAAUGCGUGAGGGUUCAUCGCAGCCGUCGAUAUUCAUUUCAAGUUUAUCUUGUAAGAGUGCCAUAAUUACAAGAAACGAGGAGAUCAAACAUAAGGGUGGUCAUUUUGAGGAUUUAGAUCUUGAGCUUAGGCUAGGAGGCGAUCCCCGAAAGGCAAACUGAUUGAUGGGAUCAUCCAUGAAUAUCUACCAAAACGCAAGGGGUAAAGAAAACCAUAAUAUAUAUUUAUAAUACAAAAUUUUAUAUGGAUGUAUGUGUUACUUUGUGUUAUCCUUGGACUUGUGUUGUCAAAAUAUAUGGCUAUAUACAUAUUGUGGAGGCUUUGUUUCUAUUAUUUUGAGAAUUGUAUUAAAAUAACAAUUUACAGUUCUGAAAUUUUUAAGGAAGAGUUAAGUAGCAUCUGUAUGUAAAGAACUAGAGGCUUGAGAAACUUGUUUUAUACAGUUUUAUCUUAAUUAAUAUGUUCUUAGAACUUUCAUUAUUAUGGGAAACAUAAAUCAUCACGUUACUGUUACAAUUAUAAUUAUUCAAGGCAAAUUGUCCUAGCGAAUGAAUCAUAUACAUACCAAAAGAUCAUUCAUUUAUCAAUUUCUAACGACACUGAGAUAUAUAUUCGCAGUAGAGUGAUUAAUGGGGGAUGAAUGUGCCAAGUAAGUUAUGCUUAAGUUUUCCUUUAGCAAACCUUUGCUAGGAUUAUGUGUGGAAUAUGAAAAUUAGCAUAUAGGUACUCUGCAGCGACUAAGCAUAUUCGUUCAUACUUCAUAGUACAGCAUUAGUCUUUGAAAAGAUUAUGUAUACAUUGUUGCAAUCUAAACUAUUGGGGAUGCGUUUUAUUUUGAACUAUGUUGAUCUAAACAAGAGGAAAAGGUUUACAAUUGACUAUACAUAUGCCCCCAUUACGUGAUUAGAAGCAUGUUGUGUAACCACGAUCCAAAAUAAAGUCACAUGAUGAAGGAAUAUUUUCUGUCACAAUUAGAGAGAGAGAGAGAUGAUUGACUGAAUAAUUCCCCAUAGAUCUUAGUUGAUUAUUUUAUUAAUUUAGGGUUUUCGAUAGCUCAACUAGAAUUAUUAAUGUGCAUUAUAUUAACAUAUAUAUUACGUGUAUUCUAGAUUUUCUGAUAAAAGUUAAUUCGUCCUAUUAAUUCCAAAGUUACAUAAAAAUAAAAAAUAAAAUUCAAACACACACACAUACAUACAUAAGCGUGUACACACACUCAUCGUUGUAAAUAUUUGAAGCAAAGGAUACAGUUCCGAAGAGAGAGAGAGAGACAUAAAUAAUCCAUAACAAGAGGCGUGUUUCGCUGAUUUAUAAAGUAACAACAAUCCAUA